UCCUGCACCUCAGAGCAGCAUCACACAUCUGUCAGCCUCCCGCACGCUCCUGGAACACAUCUGUCUCCCGGUCCAAAUCUGUCUCCCGGUCCACCUGAGCCGCAGGUUACAGAGAACACGAGACACUGAGGUUUCUCCCUGUGCUGUGUGUUGUGUCCUUGUCAGACGGAUGGCGGAUGAAACGGAGGAUGUGGAGCUGGACGAGCAGGAGAGGACGCGAGGAGGCGCAGUCAUGAUGAGACACCCUGUGGCCUCCUUCUUCCACCUGUUCUUCCGAGUGCUUGCCAUCGUGGCCUAUCUGCUCUGUGACUGGAUCAGCCAGAACUUUGCUCCGUGUUUCGUCCUGAUCAUAACUCUGCUUUCUUUUGACUUCUGGUCCGUCAAGAAUGUGACUGGCAGGUUGCUGGUGGGGCUGCGCUGGUGGAAUCAGAUCGACGAGGACGGAAGGAGCCUCUGGGUGUUUGAGGCCAAGAAAUUUGUCCAGACCUCCCGGGGCAACGACACUGGGACGGAGGUAGAGGAGAGGAUAUUUUGGCUUGGUUUAAUCAUCUGUCCUCUCAUCUGGACGGUGUUCUUCUUCACCUGCCUGUUCUCCCUGAAGAUUAAGUGGCUGUAUCUGAUCGUAGCUAGCAUUUCCCUCCAAGCGGCCAACCUCUAUGGAUUUCUUCGCUGCAAGGCGGUGGGACAAGAUGGCCGGCCUCCAGACUCGCGCUCUUUCACGGGACGGCACCUCCUGCAGCGCCCAGACAUCAUCUUCGGGAUACUAUGAAGAUGACCUCCUCCACUAGUGUGCGUGUGCGUGUGCGUGUGCGUGUGCGUGUGCGUGUGUGUGUGUGUGUGUGUGUGUGUGUGUGUGUGUGUGUGUGUGUGUGUUUGUGUGUGUGUGUGAGUGAGUGAGUGUGUGUGUGUGUGUGCUAUACAUUGAGCUGCCUCAUCUCCAGAGUUUACACAAACUUCAUCUACUUGAAUGGCUUUGUGCCUUUGUUUCAUGCUGCUGACUACUCACAUGUUGCCCAUGGACUAUUAUGCCAAUAAAAGUCAAGAUGAGUGCAUUUUUACCAGUUAAUUAUUGUUGAGGUUUUACUACAUCUCAUAUUUGCAGAAGCAGUUUUUUAAACAGCUCGUAUAUAAGCAGUAUAUCCAGAGUGUGAUUUUCUUGCUCUUUGUCUUGGUUUCGGUUAAACGUCUUUGUGGCACAUCUCUUUGUUGAAAGGGCUCCAUGACCCGUGCCCAAAAAUAAACCAAGGAGCUAAAUCUGAUAUAAGCUAAGCUAGUAUUAUCACCCAUUAAGACAUUUGACUUCGGUGGAGGGAGACAAGGCAGCCUCUGUGUGCGCCAUGAUGAAAAUGGCUCUCCCUGUUCUCCGGGCCGCUCUAUUGAAAUUGUUCCGGCGCACCUUUUGAAAGAGUCGACAGAAAAUGCUGAUCACGUCUCAGGAUGCAACACAUGUGAACAAACAAGUGACCAUUAAAAGGCUUGGUGAAAACGU